AUUCGUCAAGAGCACCUGUCUUAAAAUAACUAAAGGGGAUAAGAGGCACGUAAACAUAUUUAAUUAUAAUAUUAAGGCCCCCCACAAACGCGCGCACACACCUGUCGUUAUUGACGAAUGUGCGUGGCGUUCAUUGUUCGAUCUCGGCACCCAUUGCCAGCACAAGCGCAUCGGGCCUAAGAAAAUCGCCGCGUUUCAUAUCGAAGGGAAGAGACGCUCGGUGGGGGAGGGUUGACGACGACGACAAAGAAGAAGAAACAUCGUCGGGUUCAUGGCGAUGUCAGUGGCAGAGAUGGGAGACCAACGUGGCCGAGGAGGGCCUCCCCGCGGGCGCUACAUGGCUACGCACUACCGCGGACGUGACGGGCCGAGACAAGAUGGUAGUUGGGAAGCGAAGGGCGACGCGGGCAGUGGUGGCAUAUACAUCAACGGCUAUGGCCCGGACGUAACGAUGCUGACCAACGGCUUCGAGCGGGGAGCUGUAUAUGGCGGGCGUGGGGGGCGCGGAGGGGAUCGGGGCCGUGGGGGUUUCCGUGGCCGUGUGGCAUACCAGCACGGAGCGCCCGCCAACACCGGCUACAUGGUGUACGAGCGACGUGAUAACGGCACGGCCGCGUGGGGCGCUCCUAACGAGCCCUUCGCAAACUACCCCGGCGUCGGCGGAGGCAUCGGUGGCGGCAUGGGAGGUGGCAUGGGAGGUGGCAUGGGCGCGGGAAUGGGUGGGGGCAUGGGAGGGGGCAUGGGAGGGGGCAUGGGGGUUGGCGGUGCCCCGCGCGGCGGACGUGGGGGAGUAGGGCGCCCCACACGCUACGAGGGCUCGCGUGGUGGAGUGGGCGACCAGCAGCGCGUCUACCGUGGCUCCUUCCCCGGAAAUCGCUUCGACCGCAGCGCGGCGGCGCAGCAGCAACAACAGCAGCAGCCGGCGCAGCACCUGGACUGCAACACGUACCAGCCACCACCGGCGAGAGAUGGAAACACAUAUCAGCCCCCGCAGGCUAGCAGUGGAAGCUCGUACCAGCCACCAGCCCGUGACGGAGUGAGCUCCUUCCAGCCGCCGCUGCCUCGUGACACCGCCACGGCGGCCGGUGGGGGCGGCGGUGGAGGAGGAGGGGGCGGCCCCGGAGGGGACGACUGGACCAAGCCUCUCCCUCGCAAUGACCGUAUUGAGAAGGAGCUGUUUGCCGGCAGCAACACAGGAAUAAACUUUGAGAAAUAUGACGACAUCCCGGUGGAGGCUACGGGUAACGACUGCCCUCCGCACAUCGAGAGUUUCCACGAGCUGGAGCUGGGAGAGAUCAUCAUGAGCAGCGUGACGCUGUGCCGCUACGAGCGCCCCACGCCCGUGCAGAAGUACGCCAUCCCUAUCAUCAAGGCCAAGCGUGACCUCAUGGCGUGUGCACAGACCGGCUCUGGAAAAACGGCUGCUUUCCUCCUCCCGAUCCUAAGUCAGAUCUACACCGGAGGGCCAGGCAAGGUGGUGGAAGACACCAAGAACCCGCAGCUUCUGCCACAGGAGACGGUGAAGUAUGGGCAAAGGAAACAGUACCCCAUGUCGCUUGUGCUGGCGCCAACUCGGGAGCUGGCACUGCAGAUUUACGACGAAGCUCGCAAGUUUGCGUACCGCUCGUGCGUGCGCCCUUGCGUGGUCUACGGGGGAGCGGACAUUGGGAACCAGGUGCGUGAACUGCAGAAGGGCUGCCACCUGCUCGUGGCCACGCCGGGCCGCCUCGUCGACAUGAUGGAACGCGGCAAGGUCGGCCUCGACCACUGUCGGUACCUGGUCCUGGAUGAAGCUGACCGGAUGCUGGACAUGGGAUUUGAGCCGCAGAUCCGCCGUAUCGUGGAGCAGGACGUGAUGCCGACCAAGGGCGAUCGCCAGACCCUGAUGUUCAGCGCCACCUUCCCCAAGGAGAUCCAGAUCCUGGCCCGUGAUUUCCUGGAAGACUACAUCUUCCUGGCGGUGGGGCGAGUGGGAUCGGCCUCGGAGAACAUCACUCAGAAGGUCGUGUGGGUGGAGGAGAUGGACAAGCGCUCGUUCCUGCUCGACCUCCUCAACGCCACCGGGCGGGACUCGCUCACACUGGUGUUUGUGGAGACGAAGAAGGGAGCGGACGCGCUGCAGGGCUUCCUGUGCUCGGAGGGCUACUCCUGCACGAGCAUCCACGGGGACCGCUCGCAGCGCGACCGCGAGGAGGCGCUCAGCCUCUUCCGCACAGGCCGCCGGCCCAUCCUCGUCGCCACUGCGGUGGCAGCACGUGGGUUGGACAUCCCGAACGUGAAGCACGUCAUCAACUUUGACCUCCCGAGCGACAUUGAGGAGUAUGUGCAUCGCAUCGGACGCACGGGACGAGUCGGCAACCUGGGCCAAGCGACGUCGUUCUAUAACGAGAAGAAUGAGAACAUGACGCGGGAGCUGCUGCACCUGCUGGUAGAGGCGCACCAGGAGGUCCCCUCGUGGCUCGAGACGAUGGCUCAGGAGCACCGCAGCAAGCCGGCACGCGGGCGCCCCAAGCGCUUUGCCGGAGGAUUUGGUGGGCGAGACUACCGGCAGACGAGCGCCGGUAGUGGCGGAGGGACGUACAACGCUCACCAGCGCGGGGGCCCGCGGGGGGCGCCAGGGACCACGACCGUGUGCAACCCGGGCAUGGUGCGCGGGGUCGGGGCUGGGCAGCCCACACGGGGGUUCAACCGCGGUGGCUAUGGGAACUUUGGCCACUUUGCCCCCCAGCCUAUGCCAGGCGGUUUCCCUAUGGCGUACGGAGCCCCCAUGGAUUGGUGGACCAGUUAGGCCGGCCCGGUACAUGGCACGAGUACACAGCCAGAGUACACGAGAGAGAUGAAUUUCACGAGCACACGUCGUGCGUACACAGUAGUGACACACAUGACAACAACACGAGCACACCGCCUCAACAACACAAGUACACAGCGAGAUGAGCACACAGCAACAGCUUGUACAUAGCUCGAGUACGCAAGCUAGCACAGCAGGAUUAAUAUUGUGUGCACGGUGGGAUGAGUAUACGAUCAUAUAACGUGAGUACACACUCACAGGUGGUAGUGCAAGCACAAGUUGCGUAGUAGGACAUGGGCACGCAGUGCAGGUAUACGAGGCUGACGCACGAGUGCAGCAGACGCACACGUGUGUAUGUACGCAUGUGUAAACACAGGCUUGUACACACGUUCUCACAAGCUUACUAGCUUACAUGCGUACUCGCUUGUGUACACGCGCACGCACGCAAGUACACACACACACACGUGUCCACGCAUUUGUGCACAUUUACACACACGUACACACUUGCGUACACGCGUACGCACUCGCACGUACACACACCUUUACAAAUACUUGCAUGUACGCGCGCACACAGGCUCCCCUCCGACCUUGUACUCGUGUUUAACAAGACAUAGUUUAAACGUAUAACAAGUACCGACUCCUAAUCUUCUUCUCUUCUUCUUGAUGAUUAAUUCUGAUUUGCUUAUUAAAGUGUUACAUUGACUUAGCUGCGUUUGAGGUUAGAGUAGCGGUUCCUUAAGUGAUUACAAAAAAAAACGCGUUUCGCUAGCGGCAUAACGACGAGGGGACAGAAUUUUUAUUUUCUUCUUAGAUUCUUUUCUCUUCGAUGAAACGUCGAAAAAGGUUUUGCAUGGGAAUCCAACCGAUGCACUCGCACCUCGGGGGAGAGGGUUUAGCCCGGCACCACGACACGACGCAGAGUGGACCGAAUGGGCCAAAGCACCACCACACCCACACCACGUCACGUUACGGGGAAACAAUUUUCAGCGUCGUUCCGCCUGUCUAAAAGUUCGAUUGACGUAGAGAGGCGCCGGGAUUUAGCGUCGCUCCCACUGAUGUUCCUCGUUGGUCGGGGAUGUCUUGAUAUCUUGACCUCCUGACCUUUCCCUGUCCCCACAAAGCCCUAACCUGUGUAUCUCUAAUCCUAAACCCAAAGCAGCCCGAACCAGCUUAGCCUCAUUGUCUAACACGGAGCUGGUUUGGUCUCGUAUGAUUAUAGCGGCAAACAGGCCCACAUCCUCUACACUGGGUCUGACCCAGCGGCUCUGAAUUAAAAACAAAAUUCAGCAAAGGGUUUUCGUUUGCUCGCGUUAAUGAGAAGGGAAAGACAAACCAGAGAGAGAGAGUCCGAGGCAGUUGCACUCUACAGACAUACAGGAUGCACAGGCACGUGACAUAGCGUGGAGCACACACACACACACAAGGCAUAAAUGCACUGACCACACACACAUGCACUGACCUGGGCAUGCACAAACACACACGCAUAGAAUUAGAUACAGGAUAACGCAAACGGCACUCACACAUACUACACAAACACUCACUAAAGAUAAACGCACACAAAGAGCACAUGGGACACGCCACACACACAGCACGUCCAUCCACAAUUCUGUGCGAGUGCAACUGUCGAUUGCAAAUAUUGGCUAUGUGAAGAUUUUUUUUAUAUAUAUGAAUAGCCAUUCUUACUGCUCUGCUAGCACCUCUCUCUCCUCUCACACGUUACCAAUGUUGGGUUUUGUUGAAACGGUAAACAGGCGGCAGGAACAAACACCCGUGAACUCUAAAAAUUCCCGGAAAAAACUCCUCUGCCGCGCUUAUGCGGCGGUAGCAUUGAGGUGAUGGUGGUGGUGCGAUCGGGCGCCAAUUCGUGCCGACGCACGCACACACUCUCGUCUCCCUCGGAAUUCUCCGCAUCCACCUACGCACACACAUGCACACCCUGUACUCACACCAGGAACGCCGUCAAGCAGGACAGGACGUUCACGAUGUUUGGGUGUGUGGGUAAUACGUGCAGGUGACUGAGUGGGGAGUUUUCCAGGCACUCGUUUGUAUCUCAAGCUGUCUUGCAUUUUGCAGUUCCAGGUGAGGUGCGUGGUGGACAGCCUGUGCCACAGCGGGUGAGGAGGUGGUGGUGGUGAUUUUCUGAUUGGUUAGCGAAGUGAGUUUAUGCUUGUGCCGACGGUUUUUGGUCGGCAGGCCCCGCUUGGGCGUUUUUUUGUCAGUGAGAAUAGUUGGUAUGCGGUCAGGCAAGUGUCUGUCUGCCGCUGUCGACAUGCCGGCUGUCUCCGCCGAGGUGUGUGCGUGUCUCUUGUCCGUGGAGUUGUCUAUCGGGCAAGGCGAGUCGAAUCGCCGGAGGAUUUGGGUUCGCGGUCAAGUUGUAUCCGUCCGCGGUUUAGAUCCGCGGAUGUGUUUUUUUUUUUACUUUCUUGGGCGAGAUAAAACGUGCGCACUUUGCUGCCAGCGCGACUUAACGGCACCUCCAUAUUACACAGAGCUUUUAAAAGAAAAGAAAAAUGAUAAUCGAUUCUUUUAAUGGGAACUUUGAUCACAACUCUUAAUGGUGCGAUGGUUUUUUUCUGUAUGUCGUCAAGUUUUUGUUCUGUUUUUAAAAAGAGUCCAAAGCUGUGACGCUGCGUGUGGCGUCGUAAGGGUAUGUGUUUGAACUUUUCGGGCCGAUGUUGCGGCCGAUGACCUUGCCAGAGAGCGGCUGUGUUCAUUUGUAAGAGUUUCACCGUGUUUGGUCGUUAAAGAGAGAGAAAGGGGGCGUGUCUUAGGUGAUGGCACUAACACAUGUAUGCACAGACAGGUUUAGACACACACACACACACACGGGGCUAUAGUUAGGUGUCUUAAACAAACAAGGGUCAAGACGGGAAAAUACCACAUGUGGUGUUGGAAUGGACGCUUUAAAUGCAUCCGCAAAUAAUAGGUAAAAAUAAUUUUACGAAAAAACAUGUAAGCAAAACCUAACGGAAAAGUGCGCGGAAUAAUACAAUGUGGAAUUAAAACGCGACAUGUAAACGCAAGGCGGUGGGAAUGAAAUGCGAUCCGAGGGCAGGGACCGUCGGAGACUAUCGAGUGUCCGCAACGUUUCUUUCCGCAAAACUCAAACCACGGAAGGAAAACCUAUUUAAUGGAAGUGUUACCACGCGAACCGCAUCCCCUCCGUUUUCUCCGUCUGCCGCUCUGCUGCGUCGGUGGGGAAAAGAUUAACAAGCGACUCGGAGCACCCGCGUUCACCGCGAACAAACGUGCGAGUGAAUAGAAUAAUUAAUAUUAACGAUGACGAUGAUGACGACAGAGACCCCCCCCCAUCCCUUCCCACCGGUUGACCCCAUGAAGUCAUUAAUUCUGGCAAGAUUCUGGUCAUUUUAGACAAUUCUGGUCAUUUUAGAUUCUGUUUUCUAGCAUUAGUUUUGGUUAUAGCUGAACGUCACCCUUUAGUCCUGACGGUUUUACAAAAGCGCCAAUUUUUCUGAGCCAUGGACUGUUGGUGCUCGGAGAAACCCAGAACUAACGUGACGGGUGGAAGUUGCCUUAUUCCGUGACAGGCUUAAUGCUUGGCCUGUUUUGCAUCUUUGGUCGAAAGGGUUAAAAUUACAGCGAGCUGAAGAACCAAUCGACCCUGCUCAUAUGGGACAACUGACACCUCCCAUCCUCAUGCUUUAGGUGCCUUAGCUUGGCUUGAGGAGUUCUCCGAUUGUCUCCGGUGAGCGGCGGUAAUCAACCCGGGCCCUAAGCAAAUGUGCCCGUGAGAGAUGGGGGUUUUUUUCCCCGUCGUUUGUGACUUAUUGCGAUUUGCUACAGAACACGCGAUUAGUCUCGGUUUACAAAAGUGAGCAUCGAUAGCGGUUCCGUGUAAUUAUUAGGUUUGCACCUGUGGGUCUGGAGUUCUCGGGACCGCUAGAUAUCUUGGGAGUAGGGUCUGUGUCAAAUCAGUAUGCUGACAGGUUCUUAUCUCCUGAGUCGCGAAUGCUUGUUGUACAUAUGCGACUGCAUAAUGCUACUCGCUAGAAUGGGGGGGGCACUGUAGUGACAUUUUGACCUUUGCUCUUUCCCUUGUAACACGUGGAGUAUGCUUCGCUACUACUAGUCACGUGCCACCCGCUCCAGCCUACCAGCGACUCGGAAAAUGUUGAGCGAGAAAUUAUGUCCUUUGUCAUCAUCGUCAUCGAUUGUAGGAGUGUAGUGAGUCGAUGUGUCUCAGCCCGGUCACCGAUGACUUGGCACGUACAAAACAAAAAUGCACUUCCAUUUCUGAAACGUGUCAACGAAAGGGCCUGCCUGUUUUGAAUUAGUUUACUUUGCGUUAAGUUUGUGUAAAAGGUUUAAAGAGGCUAUUAAUGCUAAACUAUGAUAGCUGCUGUGGGUUUGACGCAGAGGCGCCGUCUGUUUUUUUUUCGUUAAUAUCGUGGAAAUAAAAUCUAGCUGGAAAUGUUAGCGAUUUUUUUUUGUUACACUCGGCCUAAUGCGUGAACUUGCGUUCAUCCCUUCCCACCCCCCUUCCCUGUUUAUAUAGCGAAAACUGAAAUGUGACAAUAUAAUUAAUAAAUUGCGCGAUAAUUUAAAACAAAUUCCAAAAAGCACGACCAGGAGGCGGGAGGUGUAAACGAUGCACCAAUACAAAUCGAUUCUCGCCGUCGCGAUAAAUACACGUGCCGAGUCUGUUGUAGAUGAUCGAUGCGUCUCGAUCCGUAUGCUUUGUACGUUCUGGGAUGACGUGAUUCCCCUGCAACCUCCUGAGGACGCGUUCACCGCAAUGUUUACAAAAAUAACCGGUCAUCGAAUCGCGACAAUUCAUCGAUUCGUCGGCGGUGCGUGGGGGUAGAGAUGUGAAUGUCUCUCCAAGUCGGCAACGUUAGUGUAGUUAGUCGAAGCAAUAAUAAGAAUGGUGAUGAUGUCAUAUUUUGUGUUUAGAUGCAAAAAUUUAUCUGAAACUUCGUAACAAAAAAAAUUGGCGGCUAGACGUAAGUGGGACAAGCGGGGUUCAUCAUCACCUGAGCCGUUUAGUUUAUUUCUUGGCCAAAAGAAAUAAAUCCUCCGCAGUGGUAAUUUUUACGCGGAGUUAAACCUCGAUUAUCCGUGGGCACAUUAUUGAGGCGCCAGAUUAAAAUGCGCUUACAAGUUUGGCCUGGUUUAACCAUUACCUGCUUUCGCAUGAUGGGGGGGGGGGGUUCAGGAGAAUUGGCACCCACGUGACCGCAAAGCACGCACAUAAACGGAUUACUUUUAAGAACCCCCCUCAUUCGACAUCGGUAAACACUCGGAACAGCCUAAUCUCCAUACCUUUGGCAACCGCCGCCUUAUCCUGGAUUCCCCGGCCCCCCCUCCCCCUUAUCCCGGAUAAUCGAGCGUUGACUAUUUCCAAAACCAGCAACCACAUUUUGUUUUAAGAGCGCGAGUAUUUAUAUCGUCGCGGAAUGUUUUUUUUAUUGGAAGCUAAAGUGGAGGAAGACGUCAACUUACUUGAAUUGGGUUUAACCUUUAACCUUCGACCUUGCGCUGCUUCGAGAAGUGACCUUUUAUUAUGUGCGCACACACCGUUGUUUAAGCUUGCGGGCCCGACCUUGCGUUCGAUAGAAGUUUCCUGCCAGACUGCGUCAUCGGAGAGCGACGAAAGAUUAAUGUGGUGCCAAUCGUUACAAAAGGUAAUUUUAAAAAAAGGCUUAAAAGGUGCUCACGCCACUGCUUGGCUGUACAAGGACCUCCGCUCACGGGAGCUCUUGAAAGCCUCUCUGUGGAGGGUAUUUAAGAGUAGUGAUAAUUAUAAUUUCAUUUGUUUUAUCUGAAAAAGCCUCACCGAGUCUCAAGGCUCUCCCCUUCUUCAUAGGAGUUGUCCUGCGAUGUUGGGAUGUUUUUGCCGAUUUAACGUUAUUGUAAUGUAUGUUUAAUUGGACGAGUGGUUUGGCUUCAAGAUGCGUUAUGAAAUCGGAGAGCCCGGAGAAAUCCCCACCCGCGUGUGCACACGAUGGGGGGGGGGGGGGGUAAUGACGCUUGAAAAAGCUCCGCUAUACGGACGGGUUUGGCGAACCAACUUGCUGUGUUGCCACCUCGGGAUGAUUGACAGCUCGUGACGGCAAUGAUCUCUAGGUUAGGGUUGUUGGCGUUGUUAGUCUUAGGGUUAGAGUUCAUAGUCUUAAUGUAUGAUUAGCAAGGUCAGUGCCGAUAAUUGUUGGGGGAGAGUUGGCGCUGAUGGUUGUAUGGAAGGAUAGGGUUUUUAGUUUUAAGGGUAGGGGAUAGGCUUAUCGUUGUUGAUUCGUAUGAUGGUAGUGUUCAGAUUAAAGUUAUUGGUGUUGAGAAUAGUAUUCAUAGGGUAGGAGUCAAUUGGCGUUAAGAUUGGAGAAAAUAGGAGGAGCGUUUUUGUGAAUGGUCAUGUUGGGGGAAGGGUUGUAUUGUAAGGGAUAUGAUUAGGAUUGACAUUCAAGUUAGAGUUAAUACUUAUUACCUGGUGAUAUGAAGGUGUUUGGGUUAUGAUUUAGGACCUAUAGUAUGAGUGUUAGGAUUAUUACACGAGGGUAAGCUCAAUGUUUUAAUAGUGUUAGGACUUGGGGUAUUGGUUAACUAUAAUGUUACUAGUGUUAGUAUUAUGACUAGGACUUGCGUCGUUAGGGUUAUAUUCAGGGUAGAGGUUAUGGUUGAGCAUUAGAGCAGUGCCCGAAUGUAAAGACUUCACGUUAGGACUGCCAAGAUCGUUGACAUUUUAACACGAAAGUCAUUUAACUCGCUAACUGGGGAGUCCGUAUAGUCGAGACUUAAGUGGUCAACACUCCAACAUGCAAAACAAUUCACUGCACAUGACAUGUGCACGCGUGUGUACAUUUGCACAGCCCAGUGCAUGUGUUUAUACACACACACGUACACGGGUGUGUUUGCGCGCGUGCGCGUAGCAGUGUGUGCAAUACGCUGAGUGUGAGGUCGUGUGGGUGGCUGCGUAAGCUGUAUGGUGUCUGGUGUGGUGCCGUCUGUGCACUACGAGGUGUAGUAAGAGUGUGCGCGCGCUGUGCAUCGUGCAUACGCCAUGGUGUGUGCACGUGUGUACGAGUGUGCGUGCACUGUGUGGUGUGUAUUGCAUACACUCGGGGGAGUGUGGUGUGCACUGUGCGUGGUGCAUACACUUUGGUGUGUGCGUACAAGCGUGUGCAUUAACAUUGAGGCCUGAGCUGCCGUGCAGCCAAUCUGUGCCCCAUAGGGAGUUUUACCUUUGAGGUCGGAUUUCUUAUCUCUGCGUUUGAGCCUUGGGACCAAGCCCCUUGCAUUAACUCUCAUUUACCUCCCCACUCCUCCAUGCUGCAUUUGUAUCCCGUGCAGUCCCGAUUGUUAGCAGGGCAUUACGAGUUAUCACAACCAAAACGCCCUGUCGGAUCGACUCGGCCUAAUUAUCAUCAUCGUCUCUGCCGUGGCGGAUAAAACGAGCGGAUAAAACGAGCGCACACCGCUCAUUGGGUAGUCGAUGGGGAAGACAGGUUUUUGCCAUAGGAAUGUGGAAUUUGCAUUACUGGCUCAGGGUUUGACCAACAGAAAGUGAGCGCCACCCAAUGCUCAUUCAAUCGGGGAGGGGGGGAGGAGGGGGGAGACACUUCAUACUUUUUCUAAAUUUUAAAACAAAAAAACGUAUGGAGAACGAUAAAGACAAUUAACCUCCUUUUUUUAAGCUGCCGUUUUUUGUACGAUGAAACACAAAGAUUGUAAUUUAUUUUUUUGCACCUAAGCUGAGAAGCCGACGUGGGGUGGUUUGGGCGUUGCGAGUGUGGUAUUUUAUUUUUAUAUGAAAAAAAAAACCCAAUAACUGGAGAGAAGCGGCUUGGGGGGGGCGGGGUUUGGGUCAGGCUACCCACGACCUCUUCUGCGUGCGCGUGACCUUGCCGUGACCUCACGGCCACAGUCGCCACCGUGGAACCCGCGUCGUGUGUUUUUGUAACGCAGAGCAGCGCUGCCUCGUUCCACGUUAAGCUCGGCUGCGACGAUUUUGCCUUCAAACAAAUUUAAUCCGUCGGCAUCAAAAUGCUUUGCUAAGGCUGAGCUUUUGUAGUUGUCGUUGUUGGAAGCGAGAGUGGCGUCUCUAACGACCAGAGCUAUCCCAGCGCGAGAACCCACCCCGGAAUAGAAUCAACGGAGCGUAUGAUAGAAUGCUUGUCGAGUUUAAGUCGUAGUCGAGAAUUGGUGCAGGAGCCUAAUUCCGUUGAUUUUAGAAGCUUCGUCACUUCUGAUGCCCUCAUUUCAUCCGAUACAUAAUCCUCACCACAUCUAAUACAGAACCCUAAUCACGUACAAUAUUGAACUCCAAAAACGGAACCCUUAUCAGACACAGAAUCCUCAUCUCAUCCAGGACAGAUUCUCUAGCCCCAUGAAAUUCAGAGCCUUCAUCUCAUCCGAUUCAUAACGUUUGAUCCAUCGAAUAUAGAACUCUUAGCCCUUAAAAUUUAGCACCAUCAUCAAAUGAAAUAGUGAAUCCUUGACCUAUCUGCUACAGAAUCCAGGUCGCAUCAAAUACAGAACCCUGCAUCAUAAUCUACUACAGUAUCCCUCCUCAUCUCAUUAGUCUGCCUUAGCUCAGCCCACAAGUUAUACCGCUGGUUUGGCUGAAUUAAUGAGUCGUCAUCCUCAUGCAAAAUCUUGAGACGUUGCCAACUUUGUGAAAAAGUUUGGUUUGGCUUCGAAAAAGUGUUUUGAUUUGGCUUACAAUCGGCGAUACACUGGGCACAGUUAAGUGGCUCAUCGGCAAUCCACCGUGGGCCACAUGCAAACUUUGUUCAACUGCGCGAUUGCUCAUUUACAGACGUUGUUGCGGCUCCUGUGUUUCACGUCAUCUGAACGAGAAAAUGUUAAUUUAUUUCAUGAGGUCGGGUUCCCAUGAGCUCAAAGGUUCAGGGUAAACAGUUGAGGUUGGGUGUUUAAAGAUGAAAUUAAAGAAGCUGGCACGAAAGUUCACAUCGGGCAAGUUAAGUUAUUAUUAUUCCCGCAUCCCUUUUCCACACACACUCAAGUCUGGACAAACGGCCCAGCGGUGUGUACCUGCGUGCGUGAGUGCGUGCAUGCGUGCAGCGAUUGCCUAACAUGUGGAUGGCAUCCUUUGUUUAAUUAGGUGAGAGCCCUUUUGGAUUUAUCUUUUUUUUUUGCAAGGGGAGGCACUGAUGGGUUGGAGACGCUUAAAGAAGGACGGUUACUGACGUUUUAAUUCUUAGCCCCAGUCGAGGGCUACAUUAACGCACAGGCUACACAAUGGCCAGCUCUUGCGAAUGGUGUCACGGGGUUCCGAAACAUCUACGUUACAGCCGGCUGCGGGCUUCGGCAAAACAGAAAAUUUUCCCUCGUGAACCGAACGACGUAUGGCUAUACCUGUAGUCGAACCAUGCUCAAUGGCAGCAGUGGCUGUCUGAUUGCCACUGGGCCACCCACCGAGCCCCCAACCCUGCAGACAAUUUGGCUAAUUAGAGACUUGAAUGGGGCUGGUGUUGGUUAGUCGGGGUUAGGGCUACGACCCCUAACCCUGACGUGGUGCAGCAAUAUUGGUAAACUAUGUCAGGGUUAGGCAGGGUUAGGGAUAUUACCAUAAUCCCUGACCUGGUUUAACCUGGUGUUGAGCUGGGUCAGGUUUAGAGUCAGGGAAAGGGCUAUUGCUGUAAACCACAACCCGGUUUUACCUUUCGUGCUGGGCUGGUGUAGAGUAAGUAUGUGAGGCAAGUGCGAGAUUCACAGCCCAGUCCCUGUCCAGACUUGCGUUUGAAUUAAA